AUGACCGGAGGAAAGUCUGGAGGCAAGGCCAGCGGCAGCAAGAACGCCCAAUCCCGCUCGUCCAAGGCCGGUCUUGCGUUCCCUGUUGGUCGUGUCCACCGUCUUCUCCGCAAGGGCAACUACGCUCAGCGUGUCGGUGCUGGUGCUCCUGUUUACCUUGCCGCUGUUCUCGAAUAUCUUGCCGCCGAAAUUCUCGAAUUGGCAGGCAACGCUGCCCGUGACAACAAGAAGACCCGUAUCAUUCCUCGCCAUCUCCAGCUCGCCAUCAGAAACGAUGAGGAGUUGAACAAGCUUCUGGGCCACGUCACCAUUGCUCAGGGUGGUGUCCUCCCUAACAUUCACCAGAACCUUCUGCCCAAGAAGACCCCUAAGAGUGGCAAGGGAUCG